GGAUGUUACCAGCAGUCCUGCGGUCGUCAUCGCUCGCUCCUGUUCUAUUGUUUUUCAGCUAAGAGUACCCACUGGAUGGAUCUUUGGAAAACAGUGUAUUUAUUCUCUUGGUGUCACAGUGUGUGAGCAGACCACGAGGCAGCUUGUGUAAGGAGGUUAGGACCCAGAAGCAGGACUCAGGAGACGGCAGGUCCAUAAUGGAUUCAAUAGUGAAAAGUGAGGUCAUUCUCUCAGGUUACAUCAUUUCCUUCCUGAUCGGCUUCCCCUGCAAUCUCAUCGCUCUCUAUGCGUUUAGUGUCAAGAUCCACUCAAAGCCAGGUCCCACAAACAUCCUGCUUCUCAAUGUGACCGUCUCCAACCUGCUCUUCUUGAUCAUCCUUCCUCUCAAGAUGCAUGAGGCAGCCUCUGGUAUGGAAUGGAAUCUGCCAAACUUCAUGUGCUCCAUCACCUCCUUCACCCUUUACUCCACAAUCUACACCAGUUCCUUGCUGCUGAUGGCAGUCAGUGUGGUCCGCUACAUAGUAGUAGUAUUUCCUCUCGCCUAUCAUCAGCUGCAUAAACCUGUGUAUGCAGUUGUUGUCAGUGCUGUUAUUUGGCUGAUCUCAACAGCACACUGCAGCAUCACUUUCAUCAUCCAGCACCACCCAUCUCUGGCCAGCAACAACUCCAGUGUGUGCUAUGAACACUUUACAGAGAAGCAGUUGGAGGUCCUCCUCCCAGUACGUUUGGAGUUUUUCUUUGUACUCUGCCUCAUACCUCUUCUAGUUUGUGUUUACUGCUACUUGCACGGCAUCUUGAUUCUGUACAGCCACCCCAUGAUGUCCCGGAUGCACAAACAGAAUUCUAUUGGUAUGGCCCUGGGUAGUCUUGCUGUCUUCCUCAUUUGUGUUCUGCCAUACAAUUUAUCUCAUUUAUUGGGUUACUUUAAGGGCCAGAGCCUGGAGUGGCAGUACUACACAUUGCUGCUCAGUUGUUUUAAGACCUGCAUUGAUCCCAUCAUCUUCUAUUUUUCCUCCUCCAUCUUCCAAUUCUCAAGUGAAAAGUUCAUUUUUAGGAAGUGGAUUUCAAAGAAACACUAAAAACCAAUUUCAGUAGUAAUUUACUUUAUUUUUGGCCACAGAGGCUUUUAUCAGCAGUGGAGGGAGACAGGAGAAGACACGUGGGCAAGACGGCGACACACUGGGACUCGAGCCCACUCCGCCUGCACCGCAACGCAGCAUGUGUAUGUGGUUGCUGGCUUCUCCACUAAGCCACCGGGGCACCCCUAUUUCUAUUUUUUUUACUAUAAAAUACAGGCAUAACAAAUAAUUAAUUUCCAUUUUCAGAGCACUCUCUGCCACUGUCUGCCACUGUCUAACACCUUUAAAGUAUCUUUUCCCUCUUGUUCAAUGGGACUGUGUGCUCCUACAUAAACCAUUUUUGCAAUUUUAUCACAAAACCAAAAAUAUGUUUUGGUAUAUAUGCAAAUUUCAAAUGAGCCAUACAGCCCUGCUAUAUUAUGUCAUGGGUUUUUAAACUUCUUUAACUCUGCACUCAUGUAUUCUUGAAGUUGUCUUUAAAAAGGUAUGCUGUACCACAAACCACCAUUUUUGUGUACACACAUAUGUUGGAGUUAUGGUAAAAAUUCCAUUCUGUUUAUUAUGAAUUAUCAUACCUUCUGUUUGUAUAUUUUCUAUAAGUUGUUUUAUGUACAUAUGAUACUGUUGUUUUUAUGUUUGAAAUGGAAACACGUGGUGACAUUUUUUACAAAGGAAGCUGUAGUUACCUGCAGGCCAUUUUCUUCCACUUGUCCAAUUCAGGGUCAUGAGGGACUGGAGCUCAUCCCAGCUGCCAGCAGGUGAGAAGCAGCUGGGCUAGGCUCCAGCUCCACAGGUAAAAAAAAAACUGUAAUUGAUUUUUCUCUUUAUUUCCUUCUUUUUUGUUAAGAACUGGGUUUAAAAAGUGUGGUGUCUGUAUUGCUAUGUUAAACUCAAUAUAUGCAUGUAUGGUUUCCUUAAGGCCUUCAAGGCUCAGGAAAAGGGUAACUUGAGAAAGGAAUGCACAAAAGGCCCCUUGUAGCUUCUCUGGCCUUCCAUAUAAGGAGUUGACCAUAUGUCCAGCUAUAGGUUAGGGGUUGAAGCUGUUCCUUAUAGCCAUAUAUGGAAAGUUAGGAAUGUGGGGGUUUUGACCAAAACUAUAUAAUCUUUGUGAUCUCUUUGUUGAGUUGAGUUAGGGUGAUUGGAAAUUCCCUCUCCCAGGCUGCAAAGGAAAAGAGCGCCUGUUUUGAUAUUGUCUUUUUGUAAUAAACUUUGUAUAUAUGCAUUAAGACUUUGUCAGCGAUCGAUUUCUUCAAACACAACAUUAUGGCAUCAAGAUCAAGAAACAACAAAAGCAUUAUCAGUUAUCUUCAAAAGCGGUCUGAAUCCUGUCAUUUAAGAUCGAUUGCUUUUGUUUCCGCCCACUAGCCUAGGAAAACAUCAGCUCAUCACUUUUGUGAUUAUUUCUCCCCUUCAGUAAUGAUGGUGGGAUAAACCUUCAUGUAGCACUGAAGCUUUCCAAUCAGUGAACCAAUGGGGCGAAGCUUCACGGUGCCUCAUUUGCUCUACUGCGCCAUCGAGUGGACAGUCAAUAUAAAACAGACAGACUGAUUUUAAUCACACUGAUGAUCACACGCUAUUGUAACUAAACUGAUGCAAUUUCAUGUCACACCACAAGGUGGUAGUAUCUAUUCCUACAGACUGAAGUUGAUAUAUAGAGAAA